AUGCAGCAUCAGCAACAGCGGCCAAGUAUCUUGUCCUACCCCACUGGAUGGGUGGCGAACGGUCUCUCCUGGAGCACGCGAGAAAAUGCGCCCUUUCGCUUUGCCGUUUCCUCAUACAUACAGGAGUACAAAAAUCAUGUGGAUAUUGUGCAGAAAAACGAAGAGGGGGAACUCGUAUGUAGAGCAACGUGGGAGCAUUGCUACCCGCCAACCAAGGUGAUGUUUGCCCCUGAAAAGACCGCGACAGAUCUCAUCAUUACAACGGCCGAUUAUCUUCGGUUGUGGGAGGUGAAGGAGGGUCCCCCAGAACGUAGCAGUGAGGAUAACCACCGCGAGGGUGAUGACCCGCGCAAAGUGGCGUCAAAAAAGGAUCACAUAGACUCACACGUGGUGUUUAAGACGGUGUUUGAUAGCGGGAAGCAGCAGAAUGAAUUUUGCUUCCCGGUCACCUCCUGUGAUUGGAACAGCGACGACCCCAACAUUGUUGGUUGCUGUAGCGUGGAUACCACCGUCACCAUUUGGGACAUUGAGAGUGGGAAGAACACGCGACUUAUCGCCCAUGACAAGGACGUCUACGACAUCGCAUUUGCGAAGGGCACCCACACUUUUGCCAGCUGCGGGGCGGACGGCUCGGUGCGCAUAUUUGACUUGCGGGAGAUUGAGCAUUGUACUAUUCUGUACGAGUCACACUCGCUGUCGCCGCUCCUGCGGGUGGCGUGGGACAAGCUAGACCAAACGUACAUAUCCACCUUUGGUGUUGAAGGAACAGAAGUUGUUGUCUUGGAUACCCGCUUUCCCGCCUUUCCUGUGGGCGUUUUGCGAAACGUCCGCCCGCAGCCGAUUAACAGUGUUUGCUGGGCGCCGAACUCUGUGACAAAUCUUUGUAGUGCUGGUGAGGAUGGCACUGCCUACAUUUGGGACAUCAAUGAACUCCCGAGUGUGGCACCAAAGUGCAUCAUGAACUACAAGGGUGAACACCCUAUUAACAACAUUUUGUGGUCCUCGCAACACGAACAGUGGAUCGCCAUUACCACUGGGCAAGAGGCACAACUACUUCAUGUGUAG